AUGCACUUGGCCAGCGAUGUGUCGUCAACCACGGGUCACUACGACCGCACUUACGGCAACUUGACGGCGGAGAUGCUGGCGGAAAGGACUAUAGAUGGGCUCCUUGCGGAACACCCUGGCGAGCUGGUAAGGACCGGGUCCCCGCACGUUGUUUGUACUGUUCUGCCGCCCCACUGGAGAUCGAAUAAAACGCUGCCAGUGGCGUUCAAGGUUGUCGCCCUUGGUGACGUGGGGGAUGGCACCGUGGUGACGGUUAGGGCUGGGAAUGACGAGAAUUAUUGCGCGGAACUGAGAAACUGCAUUGAGUUUAACGAUCUGAGAUUUGUGGGAAGAAACGGCAGAGUGGGNUCCGUACUUUGGACCAACUACCUAGAGAGACACCAUAUCCAGGGGUAUACGUCGCCCAUAUACCACCAGAGAGCUAAUCCUGUCGAGCGACGUAUACAGGAAUUGAAGAAGUCAAUUCGAGCCUUGGUCGAGGAUAGACCAUAUAACUGGCCAGAAAAAUUGCCUAACGCCCUGUACGCGCUGCGAACUCGCACAAACGCUGCCACGGGAACAGCCCCAGCCACAUUGCUAUUCGGCCAAAACCUCAGGCGACCCGGAGACUGGACAAUGCCGGCCGAAGCGCGGCCUCCUAUACAGCCGCACGACGAACGAGUCGCCAGAGCCAGGCAACGGCAAGAGAUGUACCAACAGCAGCUAUUUCCCGAGCCAAGGGAAGCCCAACGACAUUACCAGGUCGGAGACUUGGUAUUAACUAAAACGAGACCCGGCCAAUCGACUUUUGCACCAAAGUGGUCCGGCCCUUACCCAGUGAUCGAAGUAUUAGGCGACGGAGUAUACGUAAUCGACCAGAAUGGGAAUGCACAACCUAUACAUAUCGAUGAUAUCCGUCCAACGCCACCACCCAGGGUCGAGAUUGCAGACGACGACCCCGUAGAGCCGGAUGAACAGCAGCCCGAAGCCGCAGCUCCACUUCCCGAGCGGCAGCCCGUACGCCCUAUACCAACGCCGCCGACACGCGAGAAGUCCCCUGAACUGGCACGUCAAGAGCCGGACCAGUCGCAGUUAGCAGCCCGUACUCCGCCACAAUUUACUGGACGAGAACGGCGAUUCAGCGCCGCACGCCAGGCCGAGCUCGGAAGCCCACGUCGACAAUCACUGGUAAUCGUCAGAUCGCCACAGCCACGGCCCGAGGAAUCCAGCGCGAGCGACGAGCCAGGACCAGCCAUACCACUGCAGCGCGGCCACUCCAACCCAGAGCCGCCUAGUGAACCCGGACCAAGCGGCCUGAACUUAAAAACUUGGUGA